AUGGGAUAGAUCUGUAAAUUACCUUCAGUAACUGAGUCAAUUAUAGAUGAAGAUUUAAAUGACAAAAGACAUCAAUCUUAAGAUUAAUAACAAUAGGAAUAAAUUGUAAAUAGCAAUCCAUUGAAUGCAUCACCACAUUAAUACUCAUUAUAAUUAUCAUGUACUCCAGAAUUAGUGAUACCUUAAUAAGGAUAAAAAAUGCAUUCUCUUCAAGAUAGUUGUUACACACCUGAGUUUUUGGGAAUAAGUUAACCAUUUUAAUAAUAAGUGAAUAUAUAUUAAUAAUAAUUUUGAACUAUUGAAUUUCUCAUUAAACAUGAAGGUAACAAAAAUGUUAUGAAUUAAGGAAAGUAACGUCAAUCAUCUGUACAUACUGAACAAUAAAACAGAAAAUCCUACAGAAGAUCUGUAUCAGCUGUAUAAUCUGGAAGAAAGAUCUCACAUAGUGCUAUUACUUUGAGUGACAAUCAAAUUCAAAUCAGCAUUAUUAACAAUAUUACAUAAUGUUUAUCUAAAAAAGUACCUAAUCAAAUGUAAAAUUUAGAAAAUUUAUGUGGAAAUAUAUUCAGGUCCUUAAUAAAAUGAUCGUAAUCAAUCAGAUUGUGAAGAUGAGAUUCUAUAUGCUCUAGGUGCUACAAUAGUAAAAAAAUUAAGUAAACAUACUCAUUAUCUAAUUUGGCAAUGUAAUUUCCUAUUAAAAAUUUAGAUGGUUUUUUGAGUACAUUAGAAAAAGCAAAGGAAUGGAAUAUCAAAAUAGUUAAUCCUAUGUGGGUUAAUGAGUAAACAUAAUAGUUAUUUUAGAUGUCUAACUAAAAAGAGGGAAGUUGAUGCUUCAAAUUUUCCAAUUAUUGAAUUAACCUCCUAAGAGAUUCAAGAAUUACUUAAGAAAGAUGUAUUUUAUAAAUUUAUAUAGAAAGUUCAUUUAAAGAAAGGAAAACAAUCAAAUCAAUAAAUAUAAGAAGAGGAAGAAGAAAUUAAUGAAUUUAAAACUAGACACAUUUUUAGUUAAUUCAAAAGUCAAUUAUAGCAAAUAUCUAAAAAUAUCAAUAAAUCUUAUGUGUCAAUUUCUAAUUAUAAAUAAUAAUCUAAAAAUAUUCUUGAUGGGAAUAAAAAAGAAAUAAUACAUGAAGAAUUAGAGACUGAAUAAUUAGAAGUUUCAUAAAAAAUGAACUCAUAAUUAUUAUCUAAGAAAAGUUCUAAAAAUUAAAAAUCAAAACUAUAAUAAAUUGACUAAAAAUUCACUUUGGUUUUACAUAAAUCAUGUGAUUUUAACAUAUUGAAUUUAUUUGAUUAAAUAAAUAUGAAGUAAAUUUAAUUUAUAAUAAAGAGAUUAGUAUUAAUUAAUUAUAGAAGAAGAUAUGAAAAUCAAAUGUGAUAUACUAAUUAUUAAUGAAGAUAAACUAAUAUAUGAUUUGAUUUUCUGUUGUUGUUGUUUAAAUAAAUAAACAAAAAUUAUUUCCUAAAAAUGGAUUAUUAAAUAAUUAUAAAAUUAAAAUAAAGAGAUAUCCUUUAAUUAAUAUCUUUUAAAUUACAAUAUGUAAAAAAGUACUAAUAAUAUUAUUACAAUAGAAAUAUUAUUCCCUUAUAACUUUUAUGUGUAUUUUUCAAAACCAAAGACUUCCUCAUAAAAAACAAUUAAUCAAAAUCUUAGAUAAGGAUUAGAAUAAUUGAUCUAAAAUUUUGGAGGAAAAGUAUAAAUAUUUAAUUAUAUUAGAUAACUUAAAAAGAAUUUUGUGAUAUAUUGAUAGUAAUGAAGAUCAUGUUAAAGACAACUGCAUAAACAAUACUCAAUUCAAACCCUAAUAUUAAAAUAAUUCAUGCAGAAUGGUUAUAUAAGUCUAUUUAAUAAGGUUGUUUGAUUGAUUUAAAUGAAUAUAUAAUUUAAUGUUGA